AGAGGGUUCCGCAGGGAAAGCCAGGCGGUGCAGCUGCCGCGACCCCAGCCUGUGCCUGCCGCACGCCGCAGCCCUGCCCGCGGCAGCUCCGCAGAGUCGGAGCAGGGGAGGCGGGCGCUUGUGAGGCUCGGCUCACUGUGGGCUGGGCUGGGAGAGGUGUGUGUAGGGAUCCUGGAUCCCGGCGGCCUUUGGCCGGCGUGAGCGGCUGCCCUGUAAAGAGCGAUCAGACAGCAGCCUCCCCAGACGCCCAGUCGCACUGCGAGCCGGUGCCCAGAGCGCUAGAGCGAAGAGCCGCGUGGUGGCGCAGAGCCGCGCGGGCCCGGCUGGCCGGGAGCGGGCCCCGUCCCGCAGCAGCUGGGCUCAGGCUCGGGCUCAGGCUCGGGCUCACGCUCGCUGCGAGUGCACCCGCCGGGGCCGAGGUCGCGUGCGGACGCCGCGCCUGCCCGUACCCGGGUGUCCCUUCUCCCCUACUCCGGGAGCGAUGCCCCCCGCCCCCCGCAUCCCCCGAGAACGACGCGAGCAUGGAGAAGUCGAGUAGUGAGGACUCUUCGAUCCACCGGAGUCCAUCUUUGGACAGCAAGGACUCGGACUUCGCCAAGCCAUCCACCUCUGGCCGCCCGUUCGGUCACGGCUUCACGGCCGGCGCCUUCUACGGCACCGCGGGCUCCCGGGGCCAGAGUCGCGCCGAGGCCGGCGUGAAAACCGACAAGUACAAUGCACCUAAAGGCAGCAAGUACGUGGUGUUUUACCUGGACCUGUCCUUUGUGUUCCUCCUAGAAUUUAAGAAGUGCAACAUGGCCAGGGGCUGCCUCUGCUGCUUGAAGUACAUGAUGUUCCUCUUCAAUUUAAUAUUCUGGCUCUGUGGCUGUGGGCUGCUUGGAGUAGGCAUCUGGCUGUCCGUGUCCCAGGGCAACUUUGCCACCUUCUCCCCCAGCUUCCCUUCGCUCUCUGCAGCCAACCUCGUCAUCGCCAUUGGCACCAUCGUUAUGGUGACCGGCUUCCUCGGUUGCCUUGGGGCCAUCAAAGAAAACAAGUGCCUCCUGCUCAGCUUUUUCAUCGUCCUGUUGAUCAUCCUCCUCACGGAACUGAUCUUGCUCAUCCUCUUCUUUGUCUACAUGGACAAGGUGAAUGAGAACGCCAAGCAGGACCUGAAGGAAGGGCUGCUUCUCUAUAACACUGAGAACAACGUGGGGCUCAAGAACGCCUGGAACAUUAUCCAGGCCGAGAUGCGAUGCUGCGGGGUCACUGACUACAGAGAUUGGUACCCGGUGCUGGGGGAGAACACAGUGCCUGACCGUUGCUGUAUGGAGAACUCCCAGGGCUGUGGGCGGAACAGCACUACGCCUCUGUGGGAAACGGGCUGCUAUGAGAAGGUGAAGAUAUGGUUUGACGAGAAUAAGCACGUGCUCGGCACCGUGGGAAUGUGUAUCCUCAUCAUGCAGAUCCUGGGCAUGGCCUUCUCCAUGACCCUGUUCCAGCACAUCCACCGGACGGGGAAGAAGUACGAUGCGUGAGCAGGCUGGCAGAGGCCCCGCCCACUGGACACUGGAGGGAAGAGGGCUGUCUCCGGCCUGUACCCUCCCUGCGGCCACCGCCCCCCUCUCCCCUCCUGCCACCCACCUCAGCGUGGAUUCUCAGCGGCAGAGGGCUGGGGAGGAGGCACACGCAGAGACUGCGGAGCGCUGGGCACUGGACUCCUGCAUCUGCGAAUUUGCCAAAGACCACGGGGUGGUUGGGGGUGUUAGGAGAAGGCCUGGCACUGAUGGGUUUCUGCCCUGCCCUGCCCUUCCUCACACUGACAUGUUGUCCCCGAGUGGGUAGGGAGCGGGGUGCUCCCCGGGGCAGCACUGUCCCCCACACAGGCCACUGCCGUCUGUGUCCGCCCAGCGGGGUCUGCCCCUGCCAAGCAAGGCCCUGAGCAUUGUGCCCAGGCUUUUUAUACCUGACAGUGUAACUUUUUUAUUUUACUCUGAUUACGAUUAUUCAGGAAUAUUAUCUCAGAUAAGUUUAGGGUUAGCUUUCUGAUUUAUAACUUUUUACUCUGUUGAUUUCCUUAACGGUGUGAGUUUCCCUUCCUGUGAGUGGGGAUGGGUCGGGAAGAAGACAUCGUCCAUCCACUUUGCUUCAGGACACACCCGUGUGACUCUUGAGUGGCUGUAGGGUGAGACAUGCCAGGUCUUCUGGAGUGCAUCCAAAGGGGCAGAUGUGUCUGGGAUGAGGCCCCUGCCAGGCCUGGCACCCAUGGACAAGGGGCCAAGGAGCAUGAGGAGUGUGGCAGGGCACCCUGCAGGAGGUUGACAGCAGAGAGCCCAGCGCAGUGGGGAGUGUGGGGGCAGGGCACUGGCGAAACACUGACGAGCUCGGUGCGAGCCGGCAGGGUCCUUGCCCUUUCUGACAGUGAGCAGUGUGUGGUCUACUGCUGGGUGCUGUCCGCAAGCAAGUAACCAUGAGCCCCACGACUUCCAGACAUUCCUGCGGUAGACUCUCACAUGGACACCUCCAGUCCUGGCCUGGAUCCAUCUUCACCUUGCUGUGAGACAGGGAAGCAGUCCUCGUGUCUGGCUGCUUGGAUGACAGCAGGGGACCCAGAAGCCUCAGGAGGGGGUGGCAGAAGUUUCUCAGGGCCGCUGACUGCCCUGCUCGAAUCUCCUUCCCGGUACCCACUGCCGUCAGCAGGGGUCUAAGUGGCCGCCACAUCCUGUGUGAUCUCACAAAGUACAGAAAACCCACCAGGCCAGGUCAACCUGUCACAGCAUUUCUGGGGAGAAAGCAACGGGGCGUGAACAGUGGGGGAAGCGGUUGAGGUGCAGUGGAUACCCCGUCAGAAUUAGAGGGGCUGAGCUUGGAAGGGCUGCAACCACCAGGUGGAGAUUGGGUCUUCAUCGGACAGCUGCCUUUGCCCACCAGGGCAGGUCUGCUCGAGCUGCUGCCUACCUCUCCUUGGGUUGAGACCCACCCACCACCCUAAGAUCCACCACCACACUUAAGUAACACGCACGUCAGGACCAGGGUGACUUGGGGGUCGGGAGUUGAAGAGGAGGGUGGUCUCACUGGUGGGGCAGAGUCAGGACUGCAGUGUGUGUGGAGGUGCUGAGAAGGAUGGGGCAAGUGCACAUUUGAACGAAGUCGCCCUUGCCUGAACUCCGGUGUGUUUUCCUGGUAAGGAGCAACAGCUGCCUCUCUCCGGACUCCAGAACAAGAGGGCGGCACAGACCUGUCACUGCAGGCACCUGGCAAACAAGUGGUGUUGCACAGAGGACUGGUGUGUGAUGUUUUUGCUGAGGGUGGGUGGGUUUUUUUUUAUGCCUAUCGAUGCAAUUUUUAAUAGCAGCAGCAGAAGCAGUGGAGGCACAUAGCCUCCCUGGCUUCUUAGGUUUCUGGAGCCUUUGCCACAGCCAUCCUCUGCCCCGCCUCAUCCAUCCGUCCCAGACCCUCGUCUACAAGCUGCCUUCUUGCCCCGCUGAGUGUAGCUGCUGAGUUGUUGGGCCGAGGCUGCACAAGGUAGAGUCUCCAGGCACAGGGUAGGUGUUCUCAUGAGCCCCUGCCCAUCCCAGACCACCUGGAAGGUUACGCGGAGUGAUGCCAUAGGAGAUGGCUCAGCAUCUCCGGUUUCUCCUGACCGUGAUCUCCCUGGGGCCGAAUUCCAGGGUGAUGCACUCACUUUCGGCUCCCCUGGCCACAGGAGUUCCGUUCCAUCAGGGCUGAUGCAAGCAGUUGACAGACUUGACUCGGAAAGUCCCUUUGGAUUUGUAGGUGACUUCCAGGGAAUGCCUGACAUAGACUAGGCCUCUCUCUGCGGCACCUUGUGGAGGGCUGAGGGGGCAGGGCUGAGGACUGCCCUGGAGUGACUGGCAGCAGGUGGCAGCCACCCGUCACCCAGCCAGCCUGUGCCUGCCCCUUGCACCCUCACCCUGGCGAGGUUGCUAACCCCGUGCACGGUUCUGGUUUGAUGUGGAGCUAGGUGGCCAUGCCUCCAGGCCACGGUGGUCACAAAGCAGUCCAGGUGGCUGGAAGUGAGUGUGCCCUCUCCUCUGGCCCCCCGCCCACCCUCUGGUGGAGGUGCUAAUUAGCAGGGACAUAGCACAGGGUGGGAGCCAAGUGCUGGCUGCUUGGGGCUUGUUCUCGGUCCCUCAGCCCUUCAGCAUCUGAUGGCUCCCUGGUGUCCCUGUCCCCUCAUCUUCCCCUCUGCUGCAGUGAGGCCGCCGUCCAGGGUGUGUCCUGGCCUCCCCGCCCCUCGGCCCUGCCCAUGCCCCGAGCACCUGCCUGCCCAGGGCAGUGUGGGGGAGCCAGAGCGCACGCUUGCUGGUUUCCGAUGCACUUUCUGCUUGUGAUGCCUGUCUGUACAUCACCUCAUCCCAGUCCUGGCUUUAUUGGACUCCAUGUUUUUAGCAUGUUUUUAAAUAAAAAUGGAUAAUGUGUCAAAAACACAA